UGCCUCAUAACAUCCCGGCGGCGCCGCCUGCGAUUGAACCCAGGCCUGCUGGGCUCAGAGGUAAUCACGCUUACCACUACACCACCGGCGCUGCUUGGAAUGACCCAUAUAUAUGUUUUAAUUGUAUGGACCGUGUACAUUUACCGAGGUUAGUUUGUUUCAAAAUCGGCACACAACUACAUAAUCACCUAACAUCGCCACAAAACAUUAUCUCUCACCGACAUAAUGGCGCUAAGAUAAGAAUGGAGAUAUGAUUUACAAAUGGUAAAUAUCUCAAACGACUAGGGCAGAAGCAUACAAGGGCGAGAUAAACGCCAUAUAAAAUCCACAUGCAUCGACCCAACCGAAUUCAGUGCCACAAGAUGUCUCGCUACGACCCGAUUGAAAAAGUGUGGUCCGGACCAGCUCAGCCACCGCUGUUCAACCCGCAGGUCAGUGUUGGCCAAAUGCUGCUGAACAUGUUGGAGCGUACCCCCGAUAAGGUGACACAAAUCGAUGGCGAUACCGGUCGGAGAAUGACUUGUGGAGAAUUUCGCACCAGAACGAUCCGUAUCGCGCAGAACCUGAAUGGGAGGGGAAUGACCAAAGGUGAAAUGGUGAUCGUGGCUUGUCGCAAUAGUGAGAACGUAGCACCAUUGGUGGUGGCUCUGUUGACGAUCGGAGCGCAGUUCGUGCUGAUGCCAAUGUAUUUCAGGCUGCCCGAGUUGAAUCAUUUAUUGAAGAAGUAUCAGCCGAAGGUCGUAUUCUGUGACGAGGAAAAUUGCGAAAAUUUUAAAAUAGCUUGCCGGAAUGAGGUCGAGCGGGAGCCAGUAUUUUUCGUGACAGAAUGUGAACGAACCGAUGUGCACAAGAUGGAGGCGUUGCUUCAGGAAACUGGAGAGGAGUUUAAAUUCCAAGCGUCGUAUCUAGGUGAUGCCAGGUCAACAGUUGCGGUUAUUUUGAGCUCAUCCGGUACAACUAACAAGCCGAAAGGAGUGCGCCUUUCACAUGCUCAGGUCAUCAAUUGGAGUUGCUCAUAUUUUCAGGUCAACCGGGGUAUCACUUUCAACUUUUGUCCAUUGUCAUGGGGAACGGGAUUCUUUAGCAUCUAUCAGUCCAUCGCUACCAGCACUCCACGUCUGUACACGCGAUAUAUGUUCAGUGAAAACAAGUUCUUCGAGAUGCUCGCAAAGUAUCCCAUAGAAACGGUCAACUUGCAACCAAGCUAUAGUAAAUCGGUUGUCUGUCAUCCACGUUGUGCGGAGGCGGAUUUUUCUAGCAUUAAAACGUGGGUAGUCCUCGGAAGUUUGGCAUCCGAUUUGCUCAGGGACAAAAUCGAGGCUCUACUGCCGAACGGUAGAACGACAAAUGACUACGGUUUAUCAGAAUGUGGCUUGGUGAUACACGAUCCAAUGGGACGGAAGGCUGGAGCGAGUGGGCAAUUGGCUCCGCAGAUUCAGGCGAGGAUCAUCAAUGCAGCUGGUCUAACAGUAGGCGUCGGGCAAUUAGGUGAGUUACAGUUGAAGAAAAGUGAUCCGUUCCUUGGUUACUUUGAUGAACCGGAGGCAAUGAGUAGUUUGAUCACUGAGGAUGGUUGGUUGCGAACGCAAGACUGUGGCUACUUUGAUGAGGAGCAUUAUUUCUACAUGAGUGAACGGAAGAAGGAUCUACUGAGCUACCGGAAUAUGCUAGUGAUUCCGUCUUCCUUGGAGUGGGUGAUCGAGAGAAUUGAAGGGGUGAAGCACACCUGCGUCGUUGGAGUACCGGAGGACGGAUGGGAAGCGUCGGACCUAUUGACGGCGGUAGUCGUGAAAGAAAAGGAUUGUAAACUGACGGAGGAUGCAAUUUUGGCUUUUGUCAACGGACAGGUUCCAGAUUAUAAACAUUUGAGAGGUGGAGUGAUUUUUCGCGAUGAACUACCCCUCGGCAGUACUGGAAAAGUUCUACGAGAUAAGGUGAAGGAACUCGUUCUGGCAAUGGAGGCUGUGAAGAUCUGAUUCGUUAGGAAUAUAAUCCCAACAAACAAUUUGAACUGAUUGAAAGCUGGAUAAGCAUUGUUUUUUUUGCUGAAGAAGCAAAUUUUUGCCUGAAUGAACUCUUAUUCAACUUUCAAUAUUUGUUGGGAUGUUUUUAGAUUAAACAGCUAGAAUGUAGAACUGUAUUUAAUAUUUGAAUAAUAUGUGAAAUUCAUUCUUCUAUAAUUAAUUCAACUUUGUUGUUAAAUUAUUAAAAUG